AUGCCGACGGGCAGGAUGAGCGGCAACAUCACGCAGGACUGGGAGCCGGUGGUGCUGCGGCGGGCGAAGCCCAAGGCGGCGGACCUCAAGUCGGCCAAGGCGGUGAACCAGGCGCUGCGGUCGGGCGCGCCCGUGGAGACGGUGCGGAAGGCGGCGGCGGGCACGAACAGGAAGGCCGCGGCGGAGGCGCCCGCGCGGAAGCUGGACGAGACGACGGAGCCCGCGGCGCUGGACCGCGUGGCCGGCGAGGUGCGCGCGGUGAUCCAGAGGGCGCGCGUGGCCAAAGGGUGGAGCCAGGCGGAGCUCGCCAAGCGCAUCAGCGAGCGCGCGCAGGUGGUGCAGGAGUACGAGAGCGGCAAGGCCGUCCCCGCCCAGGCCGUGCUCGCCAAGAUGGAGCGCGCGCUCGAGGUCAAGCUCCGCGGCAAGGCCGUCGGGGCGCCCGCGGCCGCGGCCGCGGCCGCCGGAGCCAGGUGA